AUGCCAGUGUACCAUUCCAGGCACAACGGCAGCAACGCAGUGAGCGUCUGUGGCUGCCCUUUGGUGCCCCUGAAGACGGCUAGAUUUAAAGGACCUGCUCCCACUCCUGCCUCUCUGGGCCUCACUGAUGAGUUCGUCGACUUGGUGGACGAGGCGUUGAGGAGCUUUCGGUGGAACAUUCUCUUCAAGAAUUUCGAGGUCUUGGGCGACGCAGAUCGGGUUUUGGUGUACCUGACCCUGUGGAUUCAAAAAUGCUUGUCGGUGGCAUCACAGGCCGGCAGCGCUGAAGAUGCGGCGCGCCAGCUGGAGGUGGUGGCUGCCUCCGAGUUGCCGGGACCCGGAGACGCCGGGUUCAUCCUCGGCAGCUGGUUCAAAGCCGGGCCUCCUCAGGAUUGCCAAAUGGCCAAGGCCUACUUGAAGCAGCUUCGGCAGGAGACGGCGUCCAGGCUGUUGCCUGUGUUCUAUGCAGACGGACAGCCGAACAAAUGGUGGUUCCAGUUCUCAAAGAAGAAGUUCAUGAACAUCGCCCUGUAA